UCAUUCGCAGUUUUGGGUAUACUUUUAAAUGCUCGAAUUAACUCGGUUUAACAAACAAAAAUGAAGAAGGGGUAGUCCGAUGAUUCUUGAUCGUUUUUUAAAUAAUUCUCAGGAUGCUUAGUUUCAUUUCCCAUUGCUGACAGCGUCCAAAUUUUAUUUUAGCCCUAAAUUCAGACUCUGAAUCGAUAAAAUAGGAAGCAUUCUGAAAUGCGAAGGCGGUUUCUUUUUAGCGUUCAAUAUUUUGUUUUAAUACAGGAUCCUGAAAUUUUGAAAAAUGAGAGCAGCGUUACGUGCAACCACAAGCAUAUUGCUGUUUAUAGUUAAGCAUUCGAAAACCAUAGAGAUAUUUAUCGAUUAACUAUAAAUAGAGUAGGGAACCGUAUCAUAAUUCAAAAGAGAAGGAAAAGCGCGCCAUUUUAUGUGUCGUUUUCUACCAGCGCAUGCGCACAAGUGCAUUAUUUCGCGCGCUUUCCCCCUAACAUCUCGUCAAUGUUAAUUCUUUAUUCAAUCGAAUUUACUCAUAUUUCUUGCAAUAUUUUAUCGUUAUUAGUGGUAUACAAUAUGAAAAUUGUAUAAAUUCGUAAUAUAAGCUGUAGAAACUUCAAAAAUUAGUAAUGUACAGAGCUAGCCCAGCAGCCAGUCGUAGUACGACGCAUGCGCAGUAGACAGCAGAAGCGGUUUCCCUCCUCUUUCCAAUGGCGGGUCAUUUCUCCGAAGUUUUCUGCUUUUUCGAGUAUCCUUUUUGGCAUUUUUGGACGAUUCCGGGCUAUAAUUGAAGGGUAAGUUGAUUGUCGAUCAAUUUAAGAUAAACGUAUUCAUGUUACGCGCUGAAUCAAAGACUAAGCAGGUUAGAAUCAUAGAUGUCCAUAGUUAGAAUGAGACAAUCGACGAUCGACUCGUUCUGUAGAAUUCGAGGAACGUAUUCGCAAUGUAAUCAUUGGAAUGAAUGAACGUGUUCGUUCGAUCGAUCGUCCAAUCGUGUCGGAGAUUAAUGAAUGAACAUAAUUGUCCUUGGAUAUCGAUGGUUUUCCCUGCGUAUCCUUGACCGACCGAUGAUAUCGAUCGAUAUCUGAUAUCAAGCACGAGACUCGGUAGCUUCGUUUCUUUUAAACAAUAGGUUACGUUCGAAUCCAGAAUCGGUCAAUAGUUCUUGACAAUUGCGACAGGUUCCUGUUUCCUGAUGCAUACUUCGAAUACGUUUCGAAGGUUUUCAUCGAAAUGUGUGCUGCCAGUAAGUCUCUAGACUGCAGCUGUAGACGUGAAUCAUUCCAAAGUAUGAGUAGAGUUUUUAUGUUGCCCUUUGUUCAUGUUUCCUUUGUUUUUCAGUAGCAGCUCUUUGGAUUCCUUGGCCAGGCUUCCACAUCUACGCGCAGGUAAUUUGUUUACCUCGUGCCUAGCGCAAACCCGACGAAAAAGAAAACCGAACAAAGAGUGAGUCAUCGAGGGGAUUCGUACCGUACGAGAUCACGAGGCAAGUUUGCCAAUCGAUAAAUUGAUACAUUGGAAACAAAGUUUGAAAUUUGCCAAGGUUCUCAAGUCUGACGUUACGAUAAUUUAUAUACGAUAAUUAUAUUUUCAGAAUCGAUUGCUGCAAUGCCUCCUACGUCACCGUACCAAAUUCCUUGGGUUUCUGAUAAACCACUCCUCCCAAACAAACCAAAACAAAGGUCAGACAUGCAUACGUACAUACACAGACACAUCUGCCCUUAUCGCAGCCGAUUCUCUUAGUAAAUUCGAUUCGAGUGACUCUAAACAUUGAAAAAUACGAAACAAACGUAACCAAACAAGCAUUGACCGAUACAAUAAUACCUUCCAUCGUACUCAAUAACAAUUAGAGAAGAUAAGAACCUUAAAAACACCCACCCACACACAGUCCCAUCUAAAAGCCUCUAAUUUGCGUCGCAGCCCAUAAAUCAUGCUCGACGAUCAGACUUGCAAUUUGGGUCGAGGGGUUAGAAACGCAAGGUAGGUAAACAAAGGAGGUGAAACAGCGCGACAAAGGACGAAGAGCGUGGAAGCAAAAGAGGAUCGAAUCGUAAGAGUGGCACGGUGCGAAGGGGGAGAGGGCCACUGGUGAACACCUACGUCGGUGUGCAGCGUGUCCACGUGCAGGGCGAUAAGAGAAGCGUCGUUGGAGAAGGAAGGAAGAGGCACAUGCGCUUUUCGCGACAGAGACGAGCCGAUAGAAUUGGCGCACACGGACACACCAUACUCAGUGGACGUGUGAGUGCACGUCGAGCCACGACGAUCCACGUCGACGCAAUCGAGUUCACGGUGCGCAUACCAUAGUUUUCCUUAGCGCUAUUCGCGGUGCCCCCACUGCUCUACCGGAGCGCAGGGCCACAGGGGACUCUCCCGUCUAGCUAACAGGCUCUGUAGGUGUCCCCCGAGGAGCUAGAACGUUCUCCUUGUUCCUCCUUCGUAGCAUUAAUUCGUUCCUAUCUUAUUCCCGCUCGACAAACAGGGAACUCUGCCUCGGAUCCGAGCCGACGCGACCAAGUAAACGAUGCGAUUUAAUCGAACGCUAUCUGACUUCGUUGGUCACCUCUGGCACGAUCUGGCUCGACCAUCCAGAGACUCCCGAUCCUCUCUCGUUCUCUCCCUCUUUCGCAUAGUUCUCUCGCUCUAUCGCCUCGCUGCUCACUCUUUCUCUUUCUCUCUCUUUUUCAGUUCCACUCUACUCGCCGGUUCUCCUCUAUGUACAUAAUACACAUCAAGCUCCCAAGCAUAGAGCAGUGGCCAACGCGUGUUCUCUCCUCUGACCGGAAUUUGGCAAACCGCGUUUCACCGUACCCACCAAAUCGCCCGGGUAAAGAGAGUGCCGAGAGCAAAGUACAGUUCGCUGCGAGGUGACGUUUCAUCGUAUUCGAUCCUGAACCGUGCUGGGAAAUCGGUUACCCUUCGUUUGCACCGUUCCAACGGCGAAUAGUGAGCACCAGGCCGUCCGCCGAAAAGGAAAAGCAAAGGGAUCCUGUUCGACGGUUAGAGGAGCUCGCGGUCCCCAGGGUUGAGCUGGUCGAGGAAGGAACCCGAGGAUGACGAGGAGAAGGAGCACCAACGAGGAUCCCGGGGAAACGACGAAACAACGGCAACGCGACUACGCGUUGAUCGUGUACACGGACGGGACGACGGAGUGCACGGUCGACAGGGGCACGGAGGUCGCGUUGCCGUUCGAAGGGAACGAGGACGGCGACGGCAGCGCGCCGUCGCGUUCGACGGACCCCGACUCGGAGCUUCUGCGACAGCAACAGCUGCUCGAGAGGCAGCAACAACGGCGCCAGUCAGCGUACGAAAAGCCUGAAACCGAGGGAGGCGGGGACGGCGUGGGCGUGCUGGAGGCGGGACAGCAGGAAAUUGAAAAUGGCGCGUUCCCGACGACGGGCACCGCCGAUGCGGUCGCUAUUCCCGUUUCUGCCGAUCACGGAAACGAUAUCAGCGCCACCUACGAUCUACAUCCGCUCGGCUACAGCCAGGAUAGACCGGUCCUUCGCGAAAGGGGUUAUCUCGAACAGGAUUCUCGUCGUUACGGGGGCGGCGACCCGGCGAGGGACGAGCAACAACAACAAGAGCAACAGCAGCAGCAGCAACAGGUUUCCCAUCAACCCCACCACCGUCACCACCAGCAGCAGCCACAAUUCGUUCCGUCGAGGGCUAGGGAGCCGGCGGUCCCCGAUGGUGGGGAUAACCGGCGGGCAGCCGAGACCUCCGCUUCGUCGGAGGGAAAUCGGCUCGCCAGUCACGCGCCUCGCUCCACGAUGAAUCGUUACGGCACUGAAACGCUCUCGCCGACCGCGACCGAUCACCACCACCCCCACCAUCACCACCAACACAACCACCACCACCACCAUCAACAACGCCACCAUCAGCAGCCGCAGCAGCACCACCACCAUCAACAACAGCCUCACCAUUUGCAGUCGGACGUGUCGCAACGGAACGCCGCGCAUCGCCGCUUGGACGAUCAAGAAACGCAAUCGUCGCAGUCGUUGUCGCAGUCUCAAACGCAGCCGACGCAACACCACCGCGACGAGCACGAGGAGGUGGACAGGGUGAGCGGUAUCGCGGCAGCAAUGAGAGGGGCGAGGGGCGACUUCGCCCUGGGCGUGUUGUUCCCGAAUCUCGGCAAUUCGGCCGCGAACGCAACCGCGAACGAGGUGAGGGCUGCCGAUCAGCACCACCAUCAGCAUCACCAGCCGCACCAGCAUCACCCUCACCACCUCGACGAGGUGCUGCAGGACGAGUAUCUUCAGCAUCAGAUACGUUCGGCGGGUGACGGUAGCGUGGGCGGCGGAGACGGUAGCGGCGGCGGCGGCGGCGGCGGUUCCCCGACUCUGAGGACCGGUAGCUCGCCCAGCUCCAGUCGCAGCCCGCGCGACGAUCAAGGACUCUCGUCGCCGCAUCGCCGCGGAGAGCCUGACGGCGCGUACAGUCCGAACGAUCAGGGUAGACAGUCGUACGCGCACCUGACCGCGAUGCAACCGCCGCCGUCCGUCCAGAACAAUCACGUGAUGGCGCAGGACGCGGAGCGUGUCUCCGAUCAGCUCUACAUGGAGUCGAUUUACGCUCAUCACCCUGGUACGCCACAUCAUCACCAAGAACACGAGCAGCCCAGCCCGACGUCGCACGCGCCCAACGGACCGUUAAGUACGUUGUAUCGCGCAAUGGGCGUGGGUGGCGCAAUGACGACUGCCAGCGCGACAGGAGCCGGCGCAGGAACCUACUCGUCACUUCCAUACAUGACCGGCAGCCCCACGGAACUGACCACCUCACCUCAGCAGCUCUGGAACGCUCCAAGUCUGAACUCCGGUCUAUCAGGUAUCUCCGAGGACUACGGAGCCAGCGGCAAGACAUCCGGCACGGUGACCCACCAAGCCCUGCCCGGUUUCUCGCAACCCUUCUGCGGCAGACCAAGCUUUCGAGGAUACAGUCCAUCCUAUCCAACGCAGCAGACGACCACCGGGGUCGGAUCAGCGGUGGACGCCACCGCUUGGAGCUACGCUCCGUCGUCCAACGACACCUUGGCGACGCAAUACGCGACGCUCUCCAGACGCCAAACCGUGAAUCCGCCGUCGACCCACUCGCAGCAUCAGCUGACGACCACCACCACCACUCUUAGCAAUAUGCACAACAUCGAGGCGGAAUACUUUACGGAGGGCCGCGAGUGCGUGAACUGCGGCGCAAUUUCCACCCCGUUAUGGCGACGGGACGGUACCGGCCAUUACCUGUGCAACGCAUGCGGUCUCUACCACAAGAUGAACGGAAUGAAUCGACCCCUGGUCAAGCAGCCACGUCGACUGUCUGCUUCGAGGAGAGUUGGCACCUCGUGCAGUAAUUGCGAGACGACGAUGACAUCGUUGUGGCGUCGCAACGCCAUGGGCGAGCCGGUCUGCAACGCCUGCGGGCUUUACUAUAAAUUGCACGGCGUGACCAGGCCCCACACCAUGAAGAAGGACAGCAUUCAGACGCGAAAGAGGAAACCAAAAGGUGGCAUGAAGACCUCCGACACCCCAAUUCCCAAUGCCGCUACUUACAACGUGAAUAACAAUAACAAUAAUACCAACAACAACAACAACAUCACCUUGAAAUUGGAACCAGAUCCAUUCGACGUGAGAAGGGACGAAGGUUACGUGGAAGGGACUUUCAGCAACACCCUCUACGGGAGCCCCCAGCCCUCCAAUCGGAUAGUCUCCUACACGCCGACGACCCCUGGAAUAUACUACGAAAUGAUCGCUUCCCAGCAGCAGCAGCAACAGCAGCAACAACAGCAGCAGCACCACCAGCACCAACUUCUCGAGACCCAUUCCCCAAAGGUAGAGUGUCCGUCGCCACCGUGCGCGAACAGAUCGCCAGUGAUGAUCUCAGCGGAUCAUUCACCGGACCAUCAGCUGACCACACCCCACAUCGUCACCCUGGGCAACUCCUCGCCGAGCUCAGGCGCCGCCAAGAUCAUUCUCGACAACGGUCACCUGGAGAGACCCACCGUCGUCUCGAUAUCCUCUUAAACCUUCCAUCGGAGGACUAAAUGCCUCUAGGGGCGUCUCGACGAGGACAGGACGACACCGUGCCUCCUUUUGUCAUUGUUUUCUAGGCAGGAAAAACUCACGAACCAAAGAAACAACACGGACGAGAAGCGGCGAAGAUGCAACGUGUCGAGGACGAGUUAGUUGAUCUUUUUGCUCGAUUUUAUAAAUGACGUGUCCCUGAUUCUAGCCUUUCCUUCAUCACCUCGUUCGCGCUGCGCUUUCGUCCUCCAGACUGAAAUUCGACGUCUCCGUUCACCCUGGAGGAGCUGGAUGGAUCGGCAAUCGUGUGUGUGUGUGUGUGAGGCUUUCACGAAUGGGUUCCUCGUGGUUGAUGGUAGACGAGGUUUUCUGGUGUGAGCUUGACUCUUGGAUUAAGAUCUUAAGAUCUCUGACGUUUCGCUAGGGUUGCACGUAGCUUCUUCAAGGGUCGAACGAUGGCGAAGACGCCUAGAAAAUCUGUAAACCCCUGAAGGAACCAGCUAGAAUGUUGACGAAACGUCGGGUGUUAGUAUGUGA